UACACUUAACAAACGAGACGAGAGAAUUGGAAGAAAUUUGGAGCAUCGAAGUAAAGCGGCAAACCCUAAAACGAAGUUUCAAACUGUAGCAACAAUGGACGAAGAAGUUGCAGCAUCAGAAAGCAGAAAAGAAACCACCGAAGUAGCACCGGCACUCAUCGCCGUCCACCCUGACGGCCACCACGUCGCCGUCGCUGUCGGACCGGACCUCCGCGUCUUCAACUUCCUUUCCAAUUCUGCAGUUUCCUUACUCGAUGAAUCCGUUAACCAACCUUUUCAUAAAGACAAUAUCAGAGCAAUUCGAUUCGGUGCAAAAGGAAAACUGUUUGUAUCUGCUGGUGAUGAUAAAACCCUAAAAAUCUGGUCACCGGAAAAUUGGAAGUGUAUUUCGACGGUUUUGUCGGAGAAGAGAGUUACUGCUGUUGCUAUAAGCAAUGAUGGAUUGUAUGUUUGUUUUGCUGAUAAAUUUGGACUUGUUUGGAUUGUGGAUCUCAAUAAAAAUUCGCACGAUAAGAAGCCGAUACCGCUUCUUUCUCAUUAUUGCAGUAUAAUCACUAGCUUGGAAUUUUCGCCGGAUAAUCGGUAUAUUUUGAGUGCUGAUAGAGAUUUUAAAAUUCGUGUUACUAAUUUUCCUAAGAAUCCGUUAAAUGGAGCUCACGAGAUACAGAGUUUUUGUCUUGGUCAUACGGAGUUUGUUUCCUGCCUUGCUUUCGUUCCAGCUCAGGAAAACCCUCAUAGUCUUCUUCUAUCUGGCAGUGGUGAUUCCACAGUACGAUUGUGGGAUAUCACCUCGGGUGCACUCCUAUAUACUUGUGAAGUUGCAAUUAAGGCAGGGCUUUUAGAGUCCAAUGGUAAUGCAGAGGAGCAUGACCAUGCUGUUACUGAUUUAUGUACUACCUUGGAUGGUUUGCUUGUUGCCGUGGCCAUUCAGAGCUUGCAAGGAAUUGUAUUGUUGAGUUGCAACGUUUCUGCACAAACGCUUUCUGUUGCCAAGGUUGUUUCCAUUGCAGGAGAGAAUUUUGUCCCUACCUGCCUGGCAAACAACCCCUCUACAAGGGAAUUGUGGAUGGUUACAGGUGUCUCUAGUUUACCUGGAUAUGAUUACCCCUCUUUGUCUCGUGUCCUAGUAAUUUCUGGUGUUGAUGUUGAGCAAGAGCCAGUUGUUCUGGGAGAUGAUAAGAUACCCGGGGGUAUAAAGCUGCUAGAAACGUUACAAGGAACUGCAUCUUUUGAUGACAAUGCUUUUUUGGUAGCAGCUGAAGCUGUCAAAGCAGCAAUGUGUAACCUAUUAAUAAAGAAGCAAUACCCUUUCGAGAAUAGAGAAUAUAGAAAGAAAACUAGAAAUGAUAGAAAACUCAAGGAAUAACAAUAUGCAAUCAAAUUUUGUUUUAUUAAUUUAUCUAGCAGCUUAGCUCAAUUUCCUUGGUUAGAAAUUCUCAAACCCUACUAUGUAUUCUAGAUUCUUUGUAUUUCCUAUUGUUUAUUUUCUGAUGAAUAUGUCAAAAUGUUGAAACAACCAUAUUGCCAUCAAUUUUGUGGUCAGUCUUCAAUUGUGUGAAACAUCUAGUAACUAUUGUAUUUGCUCAUGACUUCAUGGACCAUGGUGCAGCACAA